GCAUUUGGAGACAAAUCUAGGGAGGUAACCUGGUCAGUUCCACAGGUAAGAUGGCUGGCUGGCUGGGGUUUCACCUAGCUGUGACCUGCUUUGCUGUCAUGUCUAUGCAGAGAGGAAUCUUUGGAGAAGAGACAGACGCCAACUGCUGUGAACAGCUGAAGGGCUUAUCACAGUGUGGAACGGACAAGGUCUUUUUCCAAGGUCAGCCAGGCACCGCAGGAAUACCUGGCAUCCCAGGAACAAAUGGGUUGCCCGGAAUGAAGGGAGACCCUGGAUUCCAGGGGCCCCCAGGUGAGAGAGGCUCUGCUGGGGCACCUGGGAAAGCUGGACCCAAGGGAGAGAAAGGAGAGCAAGGAGAGGAAUGCACUCUUGCUAAGUGUCAGCAUCAUGAGGAAAGAGCCAAAGACUGCGAAGACCUUCUGGAGCGUGGAGAGACACUGAGUGGUUGGUAUACAAUCUACCCUGCUACGGAGAAAGCAAUGAGCAUCUUCUGUGACAUGGAGACUGAUGGAGGAGGCUGGCUGGUUUUCCAAAGGAGACAGGAUGGAUCAGUGGAUUUCUACCGUGACUGGCAGUCCUACAAAAAUGGGUUUGGAAACCAAGCAUCAGAAUUUUGGUUGGGCAAUGAUAAAAUCCAUCUUCUCACAAACUCAGUAACACAGCAGCUGCGGAUUGAUGCAGAGGACUUCAAUAACACCAGAACUUAUGUAACAUACAGUGGUUUCAAAAUCUCAAGCGAGGAAGAAAAGUAUACACUUUCAAUGGUCUCUUAUGUAGAUGGCAAUAUGGGUGAUUCACUUUCAGCACAUGGGGGGCGUGCAUUCUCCACACGAGACAGGGACAAUGAUAGCCAUUAUACAGAAAACUGUGCUGUGGUGUAUAAGGGAAGCUGGUGGUAUGGUGAUUGCCACGCUUCCAACCUGAAUGGCCUGUACCUCAGAGGGGAACACGCCACUUUUGGUGAUGGCGUCAACUGGACCGCUGGAAAGGGAUACCACUAUUCUUACCAAUAUGUGGACAUGAAAAUUCGACCUCAGUAAAUGAAAUAUCUCUCUCUUCAGGCUAUUCAAAUACACAUGGACUUUAAUUUGCUGGUAGAUUUUGUUUUUGUGUGUGUGCCUAACAGAAAAACGUUGAAUCCUGCCACUUAAAAUAUUGGAUGCAAAGCCUCUAAUGUCCCCAUACAGUGAGAAUAUAGGUGAGAACUCUCUUUUUAUCUUGUACAUGGAAUCUCUAUAUGAGACAGAGGGUCAACUGUUUGAUUGGAAAAGGGUAAUUUGGUGAUGAUGUUUGCUCAGUUGUACCUUGUCUUGGGUUUCAUUUUGCCCAGCUUGAGAUGAUGUUGAGCACCCCCCCCCCCCCAAAAAAAAGG